GUCAAUUCCCUAAAGAACGUGUGCAGGGUACACAUAUUGAUUGAAUCCCAAAUGUGAGGUUGAUUACUUGAUGAUUACUGUUGUAGACUACUCAUGAUUUAUUAUUGAUAAUGCACUCCCUUAUUUUUAGGUUGGUCUGCGGAGACAUGGAUAUCUUCAUGGAUGAGGAUUUCAGUGCGUCAGGUAACACCAGCCAUGAAACAGGACAAGAAAAACUAGAAGGCGGCAGAAGCCAAGGACUCAACCACAGUGACCCCCUGGACAUGUUCAUAGGCAUGGAGCUCCUCCUUCGUUUCAAACCUCUCUUCCUACCUCUCUACUGCCUAGUAGUGGUCGUGGCUGGUGUUGGGAACUCUUUCCUGUUGGCUUGCAUCUUGGCUGACAAGAAACUCCACAAUGCCACCAACUUUUUCAUCGGUAACUUAGCAGCAGGAGACCUGCUGAUGUGUUUGAGCUGCGUUCCACUGACUGUGUCUUAUGCCUUUGACAGCCAUGGCUGGGCUUUUGGGAGGCCCCUAUGCCACCUGGUCCCUUUGCUGCAGUGUGCCACAGUGUUUGCUUCAGUGCUUUCACUCACUGCUAUUGCUGUGGACCGCUAUGUUGUCGUAGCUCACCCAAUACGGAGGAGGAUCUCUGUGUGGGGCUGUGGUGCAGUGACUCUGGGUGUCUGGCUUUUAUCCUUGGCCCUGGCUGCGCCCCCGUCUCUCUACACACGUUACCUGGACCUGCGACCGACUGGUGUCGACUUGGUAGUGUGUGAGGAAUUCUGGCCAAAUAGCGGCAAUCUGCGGCUCAUCUAUUCCUGCUUCAGUCUUAUAACAUCCUAUAUGGUCCCACUGCUGUCAGUCAGUGUGUCCUACUGUGCUAUCACUGUCAGCCUGAAACGCUAUUCAAUCCCUGGGGAGCCAUCGAACAGCCAGCAGCGCUGGGGCCAAAGGAGGAAGAAGACCUUCUCUCUGCUGGUGGCCUCAGUGCUGGCCUUCGCUCUGUGUUGGCUGCCUCUUCAGGUGCUGAACCUGUUGGUGGACCUGGACCCAGACUUCCACAUCAUAGGGAAGCGCUACAUAAACGUCAUACAAGUCUGCUGCCAUUUAGUAGCUAUGAGCUCUGCGUGUUACAACCCCUUCAUCUAUGCCUCAUUGCACAGCAAGGUGCGCAUGCACCUGAAGGGCUACCUCUGUCCUUGUCGCAGUCGUCAGAGGGCCAUGGUGGAGAGAGCAACAUCCAGGAGCUGAUUUCCAACUAUGCCUGCAACAAUACAGCUGUUUUAUUAGCUCUUGACAUCAGACCACCAUCUUUAUUUACAUGCUAACACCUGAACUCCUAACACCGUUGUUAAUGAAAAUAUCACAGCCCCAGAACAUACAUCUAUACCAGUUUCUCCACAAUUUUCCAGCAUUUUGUGACUUAAAGACAUUUGGUCCUCACUUGUACAGUGUCACCAGAGGCAGUGCUAAAUAUGGUAACUUAUGACAAACAGGCAAAGGUGCAGAUCCAGUCUGCAGUUUAAUAUUGUGAUGAGGAAGAUUAAGCCAUCUAUUCAGAUCCCAGUGUUUUUCUUGGACGGCCGAGCUGCUGGCAGUGACACUAAGCAGAUCCUGCAGCUUUAAAAAGACCAGCAGGGGCAUAAACAGACCCUUAGGCAGAGGGGCUUUGUAGCAGACUCAUGCUUGAGGCUGAGACAAGGGGUGGUUACACUUGUUACAGGGUCUGGUUAUACUUGAACAGUAAGCGCUUGACUUCAGGGGAGCUGACCGAGCAAUGAACUCUUCUCAGCAGCCUUGGAUUACAGACCAAGAAGAGGACAUGUGCAAAAUACUCAAUGUGAUUGUUUCAUUUUUCUGCUGGUACUGAAUAUCUGUGCUUCAAAAUCUUAUUCUUAAUAUCAAUUAUGUCUCUCUUGAAUUACAUCUCCCACAUUAUUUUAGAUUUGUUGUGUUGGAAUACACAUUGCCUGCUAUUUUUAGUGUCAUCAUGUUGUGUCUCUAUGAUUUGGCUACGCAGUUCAACUUUGUAGAUAAAUAACUUUGUGUUUGUGCGUACAGAUGUAGGGGUUCACAGUUUGUGUGGAUGUGGGUUGAAAAGAUCAAUAUAUACAGCAGCGGGAGAUGAAAUCUGAAGCUUAUGCGACACCUUCACACCCCUAUUCGUAAAAUUUAAUCAGUGCCACAUUCACAACAGUGUUACCUGAUGAACAAAGUCUCAUUGCCUUGGCUCUGUCUGGAAAACAAGAUUGGCACAAUGAUCAACUUAAUAUUCAGAGCAUGAACGGUAAAGUCACCCAUAAGCAUCACUGAGCUGAUGCCACUCCUGUUGCGUUUCCAUCAAGUAUGAUUAAUGCUUUCUUUGUUUGUCAAAGCUGGGGUAUCAAGUCAAUUUUUUGACUCCUGUUAAAAGAGCUGGCUAAUGUGAUCUAAAUUACAUUUAAGCGGCAUUAAUUCUGUUCACUUACAGAGUCAGAGAGCUACAGUUGUCAUUAUUAUUGCUGCCGAUAAUAAAAAAGGAUAUGUUUUUUCUGCUAUUAACUGGAAGGGUUGUAACAAUGCAUUACGCACAAUAGAAGUAUCAUAGUACAGGGCAGAUUGUCCAUUAGCAAACCAAAUGAGUCCAUUCAAAAAUGCCAUUUGUUCAGUCAGUCUACUGGCAGCGGCUAAAAUAUCAAGUGUAGCUUUGGUGAAAGCUAAUAAGCCCCACCUUCCCAGCUAAUGCUACCAAUGCCAACAGUCACUGUUUAACAAUGAGAUUACUUUGCUCUCU